AUGGGUGAUCGCUCGAGAGGAGAUCUGCGGCUCGUGCUUCUAUUGGCGAUCGCCUCUUCCGUAAACGCCUUGAAAAUUGACGACACGAUACACUAUGGGAUCACGUUUCGAACGGGUGAAUCGAAUAAACUGCAAGAAGUCGAAUUAUUGAAGAUUUCGGACGCAGAAGAAAAGGAAACGCUAACGAUCACUAGUCGAAACAAUGAGAACUACGUUUGUCAUAUCCCGAAAAAGGAUGAAACGGAUCACCGAACUCGUCUCGCCUCGUACACUGGUCCAUCACCGGCAGAAAUUCUUGAAGCGACUGCUUAUUCGGAUAAAGUCUGCUCGUUUCGAUUGGAACCCUAUUGGGGGUACGAGUUGUGCCAUGGAAGAUACGUUUUGCAAUACCACGAGGAACGAGAGCUGAAAGCCGUGCAACGAACCGAGUAUUAUUUAGGAAAUUUUCAUCAGGAUUAUGCGACAAAGGCUGGCUUCAAAUAUGAUCAUCUCAAUCCGCCGACGAAAAUGAUCGAUGAUGUGGAAACACCCUAUUUUCCGGUCACCUACACAAAGGGUACAAUGUGCGACAUCACAGGAAAACCGCGUACGAUCACCGUUUUGUACAUUUGCCAUAAGGAAGGCCAAGAGAACAUUCACUCCCUGUAUGAGGUCUCUUCGUGCAACUAUGAAGCGAUCGUGCUCAAUCAACGCCUCUGCAUGCAUCCAGCUUUUGCGCCGAGAAUCAAGCAGAAUUAUGAGAUCGAGUGCUUUGCUACGAAUGGCCAAACAGAUCCGAAACCCCAGAUGCUCGUCGAACAAGAAAAGACGAGCGAAAGGAAAUUUUCUCAGGAAUACUUGGACUACCAUAAGAAAUUGCAAGAACUCUGGGACCCGGAUGCGGCACAAAUGGGUGAACGAUUGAAUCGAGAAUACGAGGAGCUAGAGAAGAGAAAGCUGGAGGAAAUCGCUGAUGAUAAGAACUACAAGAUCAAGUCGAAGUUGACGACGAUGGGAAAAGGGAAAAGCACCACCGCCCAGGAGGCUAUCUCGGCGGAAACGCAGAAGAUCAACGAUCAAAUCGCACUGGACACGAUCAACAAGAUUUUAUCAGGAAAAGAAUGCAUCCAGGGCGGUGGCGGCUGGUGGAAAUACGAGUUUUGCUAUGGGAGCACGGUGACGCAAUUCCACGUACAACCAUCGGGAGAACGACAAAACAUUCUACUCGGCACGUUCGAUGAAGCGAUUCAUCGGGCUUGGAUUGAUGAGAAUCCGAAGAAACGACCGAUUAAAAGCCAGGGGAAAAUCCAGCAGAUCUCGCAAAUGUACGUGAAAGGAGACAUGUGUGAAGAGACGAGGUCUCAUCGAUCUGUUGAGGUGAAGCUGAGGUGCAAAUCGGUGGACGGAAGCAAGUUGGCGGUCAGCAUCUUUUUGGAGGAGCCCUCUAUUUGCCAUUACGUGCUCACUGUGGAAAGUGCUCGUUUCUGCCAAGUCCUCCAAGAAGCCGACGACUACGGCCUCUUCGACACGGUGGAAUUGGCGCAAAAAGCCCGGACGAAGGUUUACAAU